AUGGAAACUUUAUCUACAAACAGUGAAGAUUCUCACAAGAAAAAAGAUGGGUCUUUUUGUUGUGUCACUGAUUCAAGUGCCGAGUCUAGAAAAACAAGUUUCAGUGGAUCUAGUUCUACUUCCACCUCUUCAGUUUCCACUUCAGAUGAAGCUAAACCAAAAGGGUUUUCUUCUCCUGCUCCUCCUCUUGGUUGGCCUAUUCUCAAAGCUACACUUUCCAAUUCAAAGCGUUCGAAUUCUGAUGAAAAACAUAAACCUAACUUGGAGUUGGAUCACAGGAAAUUUACCUCUAUUGAUUUGAAAAUUCCAGAUGUUGAUAUGAUGAAGGAGAGAUUUGCGAAGUUGUUGCUUGGUGAAGAUAUGUCAGGUUCAGGAAAAGGGGUUUGCACUGCUUUGGCUAUCUCUAAUGCCAUUACUAAUCUUUGUGCUACUGCAUUUGGGCAACUAUGGAGAUUAGAACCACUGCCUUGUGAGAAGAAAGAAAUGUGGAAAAGAGAGAUGGAAUGGUUUGUUAGCAUUAGUGAUCAUAUUGUUGAAUUGAUACCUUCUUGGCAAACAUUUCCGGAUGGAAAGAAACUCGAGGUAAUGACUUGCAGGCCUAGGACAGAUAUUUGUAUCAAUGUUCCAGCCCUUCGCAAACUCGAUAACAUGCUACUCGAAAUAUUAGACAGUUUUACAGCUACGGAAUUUUGGUAUGUUGAUCAAGGAAUUGUAGCCGCUGAUGCAGAUGGUUCAGACUCAUUUCGUAAGUCAAUUCAGCGGCAAGAAGAGAAGUGGUGGCUCCCUGUACCCCGUGUCCCGCCUGCAGGUCUCAGUGAGAACUCAAGAAAGAAGUUGAAUCACUCUAGAGAAAGUGCGAGUCAAAUUCUCAAAGCAGCCAUGUCUAUCAACAGCAUCGCAUUGGCCGAAAUGGAAGUUCCCGAGUCAUAUUUGGAAACCCUCCCUAAGAAUGGAAGAGCUUGCCUCGGAGAUUUUAUUUACCGAUACAUCACAUCAGAUCAAUUCUCUUCCGAGUGCCUACUUGAUUGCUUAGAUAUAUCUUCUGAACAUAUUGCACUUGAGAUUGCCAACCGCGUUGAAGCUGCAUUUUAUGUUUGGCGUCGAAGAGCUCACCACAAAUCAACGCCUAUUCCAAACCGUUCAACUACAAAGUCAUCAUGGGGGAUAGUCAAGGACUUCAUGCAUGAUGGAGAUAAGAGAGAUUUGCUAGCUAAUAGAGCUGAAAACAUUCUAAAUUCCUUGAAGCAUCGGUUCCCGGGAUUAACACAAACAACCUUGGAUACCAGCAAGAUCCAAUGCAACAAGGAUGUUGGAAAAUCUAUUUUAGAAAGCUACUCUAGAGUUUUGGAGAGCAUGGCUUUUAACAUUGUAUCACGCAUCGAUGAUUUGCUAUACGUGGAUGACUUGACAAAACAUUCAGAUACAUUUGCAUUGAUUCCUCAUCAAAAGAUUAAUCAUCCAUUUUCAGUGUCUGUCUCCGGCACUCCACACAAAUCAGCAUUCGGUACACCUAAAUUUUCACCAAUGCCAUUGAUUAGUCCUUCAAAAGGGGAGAGAACUCCUUUCCUCCACAACAAUAACAACAACAAUGUCAACAACAUCAAACCUCAACGUCGCGGAUUUGGGGUGAGAAGAGUGUUGUCAAAUUAUCUUGGCGUUGAAACAAAAACAAAGACAUGUACCAAUUCAACAGAGGUUAAUUGUUCAAACCCAAGUAGCAAGAAAACAGAACAACCUCAUAAGGAAACAUGCGCCCUGAAAAACCAGACAAAAUGA